UCGAAUUGUCAUAAAUAGAGGGAAUAUAUCUUUAAUACUCCAUAAAUGAUAUCAAUUCUAAUUUUUAGAGAAUAAAAAAAAGUUACAUAAAUUACGAGGAAAUUCACAAUGCAUAUCGCCUUACCACAGCAGACUUCAAAAGUCAAAAGUCUUUGGCCAACUCAAACACACAAACACCCAAUCGGAUAAAAGAAAGUAAAUAAAAUAGAAAAAAGGUAAAACGAUAAAAAAAAAAAACCCAAAUAAAUCUGCAAGUAUCUCUCAACAAGUCUAGUAGUCUUCCCAAUUUCCGUAUAAUUUACAAAACCCAUUGGGAUUUGGGAUCCCAUCCCAAAACUUUGAUCAGCAAAAACAAACAAAUACAAUCAACAAUAACUCCAACCAACACAAUUAGCUGCGCCCUUGCGGGAAUGUUCUGUUAUAUAUACUCUUCUUCCUCCUCCUUCUCCCUUACACCCUUCAACCACCUUUUUUCUCUCUCUUUCCUCUUUCCCUCUCUACCCCUUUCUCUCUCUUCCUCCAUUUCAACUCGAUUUUUCUAGAAUCACCCAAUUCACCGGCUAUUACCUGUUACUUCAAUGGCCAAGAGUAUUCUUGUCACCGGUGGUGCCGGUUACAUUGGUAGUCAUACCGUUGUUCAGCUUCUACUCGGCGGUUAUAAGGUAGUCGUCAUUGAUAAUCUCGAUAACUCGUCGGAAAUCGCUCUUCACCGAGUCAAGGAACUCGCCGCUCAGUUCUCCUCCAACCUCUCCUUUCACCAGGUGGACCUCCGGGACAAAUCAGCUCUUGAAGCAGUUUUUUCUUCAACAAAAUUUGAUGCUGUCAUUCACUUUGCUGGACUGAAAGCAGUUGGAGAAAGUGUGCAAAAACCUUUGCUUUAUUACAAUAACAACAUCAUUGGUACAGUUAAUCUACUGGAAGUUAUGUCUGCUCAUGGGUGCAAGACGCUUGUCUUUUCAUCAUCAGCAACUGUGUAUGGUUGGCCCAAAGAAGUCCCAUGUACAGAGGAGUUUCCCUUGUCUGCAGCAAAUCCAUAUGGAAGAACCAAGCUAUUCAUUGAAGAAAUAUGCCGUGAUGUUCAGAAUUCUGAUUCUGAAUGGAAGAUUAUUCUUCUCAGAUACUUCAAUCCAGUUGGUGCUCACCCCAGUGGGCAUAUUGGUGAGGAUCCACGAGGAGUUCCAAACAACCUUAUGCCUUACGUGCAGCAAGUUGCUGUUGGCAGAAGACCUCAUUUAACGGUGUAUGGAACUGAUUAUAAUACUAAAGAUGGCACUGGGGUUCGGGAUUACAUUCACGUGGUUGAUUUAGCUGAUGGACACAUAGCAGCACUGCAGAAGCUAUUUGAUUCUAAUAUAGCCUGUGAAGUCUACAACUUGGGAACUGGUAAGGGGACAUCAGUCUUGGAGAUGGUAGCAGCAUUUGAGAAAGCAUCGGGAAAGAAAAUUCCUCUUGAAAUGGCUGGACGACGCCCUGGAGAUGCUGAGGUUGUAUAUGCCUCAACAGAAAAAGCAGAGCGAGAACUAAAUUGGAAGGCCAAAUUUGGGAUCGAUGAGAUGUGCCGUGAUCAAUGGAACUGGGCUAGCAAGAAUCCUUAUGGUUAUGGCUCACCAGAUAACAAGGACUGAUUGAUUCUACCAGCACUGAGAACAAAUAUACACACACCUAUGUACAAUCUAAUCUCAUUGGUACAGCCGCCGCCUGUUGCUACACCACCAUACCACAGUUUCAUCCAGCCUAACUCUAGGAAUAUAGCAUGAAAAUAAUGCGAGUAAUAUAAAAAGCCUAUUUGUGAAGCAUAUAGUAUUAUGUUAGUGUAAAUGGGCUAAGAAUGUCUGUAACUAUCUAAUUUAUUUUAUAGGUAAUUUUUAAAAGGGAAAAAAGUAUAUUCUAUUGAGAAGAUCAAUUAUUUUGCAUGUGCUCUCUUUUGGGCUGAAUUCUGCAAGCUGUAAUUUGUUGGAAAUUUCUUGAGUUUCCUCUGCUGGAAAGUUCAUUAUCCAAGUCACCCUGAAGCUGUUAUGGUAUAUCUCAACAACCUAUUCUGAAGCUGCUUGCUAGUGAAUGAAGAGAUGGUUUGAGCAACAACUUGAAAGGAUGAGUUAUUAAUUUUUUGCCCUCUUCCCCCUCGAUCACCCCCCUCGACUUUCCAAUUGCCUUUUCGGGCGUUUAUUGUAGGAUCAUUAUUGUUUAGAUACCAAUUAUAGUGAUUAUUUUUGCCUUGUUUAGGCUGCUUUUUUUAA